AAGACUAUUUAAUCCUAUGGCGCCAGGGAAGAAAUAGCACAUUGUUCUGAUCCUUUGGUGGGCUACAAUAACCUCGCUACUUAUCACAGCUCCUGUGCUUGAAGAUGACGUCCAACAGGAAAAUGAAACGCACGGAUCUGGCUUCAGAGAACAUAAUGAGCUUUUUUGCUGGAGGGACCACAGAAGGAAGAUCGGAACGUAGAACACUCCAAGUCCUACAGCCCUCUGCAGUAAAUGGGAAUCUUGGAAGAGUACGAGAGCUGGGAAAGGCCGUUCCAAAAAGAAAAAUGUGGGGAGCCGAACAAGCAAAGGGCUCGAAGAGGGUUAAAGCUGAAGUCGCUGUGCUGAAGGAGGACGUUGAAAACGAGAACCAGUCUGAGGGGAUAACUAAACAGGCUUAUGAGCUGUUGGUCAAAGAAACUCCACCGUCCACAUACUGGAAGGAGGUUGCAGAGGAGAGGCGGAAAGCCUUGUAUAAUGUUCUGCAGGAGAACGAGAAGUUGCACAAAGCCAUCGACUCGAAAGACGAAGAGAUCUCCCUGCUGCGGAGUGAGAACGAGGAGCUGCAGGAGUUGGCCCAACACGUCCAACACAUGGCGGACAUGAUCGAGAGGUUAACUGGGAAGAGUCCUGAGAGCUUGGAAGAUGUUCGAGAGCUCUCCUUUCAGGCAAAGGAGGAUGAGGAGGAGGAUCCUGAGGAGGAAGAUGAUGGUGAAGAUGAGUUGAGCAGUGAUGAAGAGGAUGACUCUGAAUGGGAGGAGGAAGAAGAUGAGGAUGACUGUGACAACAAUGAAGACAAAAAUGGAGAUGAAGAUCAAUAAGCUGGUGGCAAUACAAACUUUGUCCUAGGACUGGACUCCAUGGAGACUAAUUUAAAACAUUUUUGAAGGACCACUGAGCCUUUUGGCUUCAUAUUGCCCCAAAGCAUUUUCCUGUUAUGUACAGUGAAUUUAUUUUUUAUUUACAUUGUGCUCCCCUCACUGCCAUGGGUAAAAUAAUGCCAUUUCAGUUCCUUUCUCGUGGAUUAAAUUUCACAAUUGCCUUUUUUUUUUUACUUGGUUAGGAGUUAGCCCUUGGUCUUACUUGAUCUAAAAUUUAAACUAGGGGCAUUAAAGUGUCUUGUUUACUCAUUUGACUACUGUUCCAAUACUUGGUAGGGUUUGAUAAGUCAAACUUCAAUUGUGCAGUUUUAAUGCAUGCUACCUGUACAUAUGUAAUCUAGAGGACUGUACUGUAAUUAAACUCCCUUAUUUUUACAAA